AUGUUUAUUACACGAAAAGGUCUAUUUGAUAAAAUGAAUACGGUAGCAAAGAAAAAUUCCAAGAAAUUUCAAUCUGAUAUUAUUAGCAAAGUUUGCAAGAAUUUAUCACAAUCAUCAAAUGAACAAGUUGAAAAACCUUAUCAAAAGUUCAUGAUGACAGGAGUUGAUAAAAAACGAAUUAAAAUUUAUAAAAAUGGUGACGAAUCUUUUGAAGGAGUUGAACUUAUCAUCAACAUGGAUCAAUUUAAAAAUAUGCAAACAUUUUUGGAUUUUAUAAGCGAGAAAAUUGGCUUAACAAAUAGUGCCAAAAAAUUAUACACAUUAAAUGGAGAUCUUAUCAAAUCAAUGGAACAAAUUGUUAAUGAUAAGGGAUAUGUAGCAACAACAGAUAUUUUUACGCCACUUUUUUAUGGACAAAUGAAUUUUACAACAAAUUCCGGUCGAACAUCACGGAUGAAUUCUAAAAUUGCUUCAUCAGCAGUU